AUGAUUAAUCUUCGCAUUCCUAUUCUCGUUUCUUCAGUCUUUUUCCUUGUCUUUCUUUCAUCGUCCUUCAUGUUUACUACGCCUAGUUUUGCUGCUAGAGUAGGUCAAUCUUUAGUGCAUAAAGAUAUCACAAAUAUUCCAGAAUAUAAAGAGCCCGAGGAAACCGAGAUUCCAGAAGAACCAGAAGUUCCAGAAGAGCCGGAAAUUCCUGAGGAGCCCGAGAUUCCUGAACCAGAGGAGCCUGAGGAACCAGAGGAGCCUGAGGGACCAGAGGAGCCACCAAAGGAGCUUGAGGAACCAGAAGACCCAAAGUUUGGAUUUCCGUCGUGGUUUCCUAGCUUUCCGUUUCCUGGUGUUAACGAUGGUUCUUCGAAGAGUGAAAAGACAAAGCCUACGACAACGGUUGAUGAAGAAGUUACUGCGAGAAAGUCGAGUGUUUCUGAGGAAACCUCGAGUGGUCCUAACAAGAAGCCAUAG